UUUGUUUUUUUCCCUCUCUGACACACUACACACUUUCUCUCUCCUCCCACUUUUGAAGUUGAAAGUUGAAACCUUUCUCUCUCUCCGUCCCAACCCAACCCAACACACACUCAGAAAUCAGAAUAUCUUCUUCUUCUUCUUCUUCCUCCAAACCUCAUCAACUUGAUCAUCUACUCUCUCAUUUUCUCACUCAGUAAAUUCCUUCGUACUUUCACUUCUCUCUCUCUCUCUCGUUCACAAUUUUAAUUUUGUUUUAAAAUAGAAAAGGAGGAAAAAAAUGUUGGUAUUUUUUUUAACUUCUGUUAUGAACUGCACCGAAAGCUCAGCUUCUCACUGAAGCAAAAGCCUUGAACUUGUUUGAAAAUAACAAAAGGGGUGAAGGGGGCAUGCCUACUUUUUAGGGUAUAGGAGAAGGAAGAAGAAGAACAACAACGACAUCAUUGAUUCUUUUCAGGUUCAUCUCAGAAGAGGGGAAAGAAAAAAAAAAACUAUUUUUUUAUUUGUUGUUAUUAUAUAUUUUUGCCUCCCUUUUUUGUUAUUGGUGGCUUUAGACGAAAGGAGCUCAAGUUUGAAGAAGCUUUGUACUUUGUGGGGCUCUAGAUGCCUUUUUUUGUUGUUCCUGAUGUUGAAUUUCAUAUAUAACUCAGAAGAAUUGGGGUUUGGUUCUUUAUUUUGUUGAUGAUGUUCAUGUAGAAAGGAGAGGAUUCUGGGAGGUUGGUUUUUGUCUUGAAUUUUGUAUUUUGAAAGUAAAGUCUUUUUCUUUUUAUACUUUGAUUUUCAUUGUUUGAUUAUUAUGUGGGUAAUGAUUGAAAUGAGGAAUUGGGGUGUAUAGUUUUGUAAGGUUGCAGCAUGAGUUUCAGAGAAGAAUCGGUUCCGGAAAGCACUGAGUCAAAAUCAGUGAAGCAAAAUGGGUUCAUAACAGAUACUCAGUUAACAAUCGAUGAGAGCCUUUUGGUUGAUCCAAAACUUCUGUUUAUAGGGUCCAAGAUUGGUGAGGGAGCUCAUGGUAAAGUCUAUGAAGGAAGGUAUGGAGAGAGAAUUGUUGCAAUCAAAGUUUUAAAUCGUGGGAGCACUUCUGAAGAAAGAGCUGCCCUUGAAAAUCGGUUUGCUCGGGAAGUUAAUAUGAUGUCUCGUGUCCAUCAUGAGAAUCUUGUUAAGUUUAUUGGAGCUUGUAAGGAUCCUUUGAUGGUGAUCGUUACAGAAUUAUUGCCUGGGAUGUCACUGAGGAAAUACUUAACAAGUAUCCGUCCGAAGUUACUAGACCUUCAUGUUGCUAUAAACUUUGCCCUUGAUAUUGCUCGGGCCAUGGAUUGGCUACAUGCCAACGGGAUCAUACAUAGAGAUCUGAAGCCUGACAAUCUGUUGCUUACGGCAAAUCAGAAGUCUGUUAAACUUGCAGAUUUUGGUCUCGCAAGAGAAGAAUCCGUGACUGAAAUGAUGACAGCAGAAACCGGAACUUACCGAUGGAUGGCACCAGAGUUGUAUAGUACCGUGACAUUGCGCCAGGGAGAGAAAAAGCACUACAACAACAAGGUUGAUGUGUAUAGCUUUGGUAUUGUUUUGUGGGAGCUACUAACAAACCGCAUGCCUUUCGAAGGGAUGUCGAAUUUACAGGCUGCUUAUGCUGCUGCAUUUAAGCAAGAGAGGCCUAGCAUGCCUGAAGAUAUAUCCCCGGAUCUCGCCUUCAUCAUACAAUCAUGCUGGGUUGAAGAUCCUAACCUGAGACCGAGUUUUAGUCAGAUCAUUCGCAUGCUCAAUGCAUUUCUCUUCACGCUUUCGCCACCGUCUCCUCCCAUGCAAGAGCCUGAUGAAAUCGAGCCUGAGGAAGCGACGACAAGUAAUGGUACCAUUACUCAGUAUUCCGCCCGGAACAGAGGGAA